AUGCGCCUCGCCACUUACCUCCCACCUGUCCUGGUCCUGCUUUUCGGGGGGUCCCCAGGCCAGGGGGUGCCUGGCCGCUGCAGGAGCCCCAGUGAGGCUGUGUGCAACUUCGCGUGUGACUGCUUGGGCUGCUCAGAUGAGGCGUGGUGUGGCUACCACGGGGCCCCUCUUCAGGGCGCGCCCUUCAGCUGCGACUUUGAGCAGGACUCUUGCGGCUGGCGGGACAUUAGCACCUCGGGCUACCGCUGGCUCCGAGACCGAGCAGGAGCGGUGCUGGCGGGCCGGGGGCCGCACGCUGACCACACCCGUGGCACGGAUCUGGGCUGGUACAUGGCCGUGGGAACCCACCCCGGGAAGGAGGCAUCCACCGCCGCCCUGCGCUCCCCGGUCCUGCGCCAGGCAGCCCCCGCCUGCGAGCUGAGGCUCUGGUACCUCACAGCCUCAGGAGGUGUGUCUGAGCUGCGGCUGGAGCUGACCCACGGUACAGAGACCCUCACCCUGUGGCAGAGCUCAGGGCCCUGGCGCCCCAGCUGGCAGGAGCUGGCUGUGACCACUGGCCGCAUCCAGGGCGACUUCCGAGUGACCUUCUCUGCCACCCGAAAUGCCACCCACAGAGGCACAGUGGCCCUGGAUGACGUGGCGUUCUGGAACUGUGCGCUGCCCAGCCCCCAGGCCAGCUGCCCCCCGGGGCACCACCACUGCCGGAACGGGGCCUGCGUGGCGCCCGACGGCGUGUGUGACGGCGAGGACGGCUGUGGGGACAGCUCUGAGGAGGACCCCGCCAUCUGCAGCCACCUCAUGGCCACUGACUUUGAGACCGGCCUGGGCCUGUGGAGCCGCUCGGAGGGCUGGACCCGGAACCACAGUGCUGGUGGCCCGCAGAGCCUGGCCUGGCCGCUCCGGGACCACAGCCAGAACAGCGCACACGGCACCUUCCUGGCCUCUGUGGCCAAGCCAGGCACCCCUGCCAUCCUGUCCAGCCCGGUGCUCCAAGCCUCAGACCCCUACAACUGCUCGCUCAUCUUCUAUUACUACCUGCACGGGUCCGAGGCUGGCCACCUCCAGCUGCUCCUGCAGACCCGAGGGCCGGGCGCCCCGCAGGCUCCCAGCCCCCUGCGAAGACGGCACGGGGAGCUGGGGGCAGCCUGGGUCCGAGACCGGGUCGAUAUCUGGAGCACCCACCCCUUCCAGAUCCUCCUGGCUGGGGAGACGGGCCCAGGGGGCGUCGUGGGCCUGGAUGACCUCAUCCUGUCCAGCCACUGCAGAGCAGCACCAGAGACGUCUGUCCCGCAGCUGCCCGAGCCCUGGGCCCUGGCUCCAGCCCCCCAGCCCCCCUGGGCACGGGCCCAGGGCUGCGAGCCGGGGCACCUCCCCUGCCAGGACCUGUGUGUGCCCCCAGAGCAGCUGUGCGACUUCCAGCCGCAGUGCGCCGAGGGCGAGGAUGAGCAGGAGUGUGGCUCCACUGACUUUGAGCUGGCCUCGGCUGGAGGCUGGGAGGACGCCAGCGUGGGCCCACUGCAGUGGCGGCGGCUCCCAGCCCAGGCGCACAGAGACGCGCACAGCACUGCAGCGGGGCACUUCCUGUCUCUCGAGAAGGCUUGGGGGCAGCUGAAGGCAGAGGCCCGGGCCCGCACGCCCGCCCUGGGCCCCUCCGGCCCCCACUGUGAGCUCCACAUGGCUUACUAUUUUCACGGCCACCCCCGAGGCUUCUUGGCGCUCAUGGUGGUGGAGGGUGGCUUCCGGGAGCUGGUGUGGCAGGCCCCAGGCAGCAGCUCUGGGAGCUGGACAGUGGACAGGGUCCUCCUGGGAGCACGACACCGGCCCUUCCGGCUGGAGUUUGUUGGUUUGCUGGACUUGGACGGCCCUGGACAGCAGGGGGCUGGAGUGGACAACGUGACCCUGAGGGACUGCAGCCCCACAGUGACCACCGGGAAAGACCAAGAGGUCUCCUGUAACUUCGAGCGGGAUGCAUGUACCUGGCACACGGGCCACCUCACGGAUGCCCAUUGGCGCCGGGUAGAGAGCCAUGGCCCUGGAUACGAUCACACCACUGGACGAGGCUUUUACAUGCUCCUGAACCCCACAGACCCUCCUGCCCAGGGCCAAGGAGCCCACUUGCUCACAGGCCCGCAGGUGCCGGCGGCCCCCGAGGAGUGCCUCAGCUUCUGGUACCACCUGUACGGACCCCAGAUCGGGACAUUACGGCUGGCCCUGAGGAGGGACGGGGAGCAGGACACGCGGCUGUGGUCGCGCUCGGGCACCCACGGUAACCGCUGGCGCCAGGCCUGGGCGACCCUCCACCACCAGCCUGGGCCGAGUACCAAGUACCAGCUGCUGUUUGAGGGCCUCCGGGACGGGUACCACGGCACCAUGGCCCUGGACGACGUGACUGUGAGGCCCGGCCCCUGCUGGGCUCCCCGGAGCUGCUCCUUUGAGGACUCGGCCUGUGGCUUCUCCAGUGGGGGCCAGGGCCUAUGGACGCGCCAGGCCCACGUCACAGGCCACGUCCCCUGGGGCCCAUGGGCAGACCACACCACCGAGACAGCCCAAGGGCACUACAUGGUGGUAGACACCAGCCCAGGCGCCCUGUCCCAGGGCCAGGUGGCCUCGCUGACCUCAGCGCACCACCCACCGCUGGCCCAACCCAGCUGCCUGACCUUCUGGUACCACCUGAGUCCCCAAAACCCAGGCACGCUGCGGGUCCACGUGGAAGACAGCGAGAGGCGGCAGGUGCUCAGCCUGAGUGCUCACGGGGGGCUGGCCUGGCGCCUGGGCAGCGUGGACAUGCAAGCCGAGAAGACCUGGAGGGUGGUGUUUGAGGCUGUGGCGGCGGGCGUGGAGCGCUCCUACAUGGCUCUGGACGACCUUGCCCUGCACGACGGGCCCUGUGCCCGGCCAGGGUCCUGCAACUUCGAAUCUGGCCUGUGUGGCUGGAGCCACUGCGCCCGGGCCAGCCCCGGCAGGUACAGCUGGGACUGGAGCGGCGCGUCCAUCCCUUCCCGCUACCCCCAGCCUGCGGUGGACCACACCCUGGGCACACAGGCAGGCCACUUUGCCUUCUUUGAAACCGGGGUGCUGGGCGCUGGGGGCCGGGCGGCCUGGCUGUGCAGCGAGCCACUGCCCGCGACUGCGGCCUCCUGCCUCCGCUUCUGGUACCACAUGGGCUUCCCCGAGCACUUCUACAAGGGCGAGCUGAGGGUGCUGCUCAGCAGUGCCCAGGGCCAGCUGGCCGUGUGGGGCGAAGGGGGACGCCUGCGGCAGCAGUGGCUUCAAGUGCAAGUGGAGCUGGCCAGCACCGAAGAGUUCCAGAUUGUGUUUGAAGCCACUCUGAGUGGGCAGCCGGCUGAGGGGCCCAUUGCCCUCGAUGAUGUCGAGUACCUGGCCGGGCAGCACUGCCAGCAGCCUACACCUAGCCAAGGGGACACGACCAUGCCAGUGCCGGUGCCAGCUGCGGUAGGCGGCAUGCUCUUCUUCCUCUUGUUCCUGGUGUUCCUGGGCCUGGGGGCCCGGCACUGGCUGCAGAGGGGCUGCUACUUUCCAAGGGGCACAGUCGCUGCAGCCCCUGGCUUUGACAACAUCCUCUUCAAUGCGGAUCCAGUCACUCUCCCAGAGUCUGUCACCAGCACCCCGUAGACCACUCCAGACGUGGCCCUGGCCCCCAGCAUUUGCCCAGACCUCGGCCAAGAACGUGGACAUGGCAUCCCCUCAGGCUGGGGCACUCGGUGGGACAUGCCACACUUCCGGGGCCCCCUUCCUACGCAGUGACUGCCUACUGGGUAGCUGCUGUACUGUGAAUAAACACCAGUGCCCACAGCA